AUGAAGCUCCAGAUCGUGGGCGCCGCCCUCCUCUCAGCUUCUUCAGCAUUUGGUGCUGUCAUCAAGCGGGAUGAUGCGCAGUUCAAGAAAGGACAACCGAUUGACGGCAAAGGCAAGGGUGCACCCAUCCUAGGUGGAACAAAUCACCAGAUUGAUCUGGCCAACCCAUCCAACCUCGGAGAACAGAGUACCGACUCCGGCACUGUACCCAAUUUGAAGUGGCGGUUUUCCGAUUCCAAGACCAAGAUCUUUCCGGGUGGUUGGGUUCGAGAGCAGGUCAUUCAGGACCUGCCACAGAGCCAUGACAUUGCAGCCGCGCAACAGCAUCUGAAAAAAGGCGCAAUUCGUGAGCUGCACUGGCAUCGUGUAGCUGAAUGGGGCAUCGUAUACGAGGGCCGUAUCCUUGUCUCUGCCGUGGAUGAAAACGGGAAAUACCAGGUCGACGAGCUUGGAUACGGGGACAUCUGGUACUUCCCCAAAGGCCAAGCACACACCGUACAAGGCCUGGACGACGAGAACGAGUAUCUUCUGGCCUUUGACGAUGGUGAUUUUGACAAAGUAGGGACCACCUUCAACCUUGACGACUGGGUUGCGAAGACGCCCAAAGCCAUUCUGGCGAAGAACUUCGGUGUUCCUGAAUCGGUUUUCGACAAAGUUCCCGAGAAGAACCCAUAUAUCUUGAAUGCAACCACAAGCACACGCAACGUUACCGGCGGCAACGGUGAACUCACGGGCAACAGCUCAUAUGUAUAUCACACCUUUCAGCACGAUCCUGAGCCCGUUCCUGGCGGCGGUGGCGUCUUUUACAAGAUCGACUCAACCAAUUUCCCGAUAUCGAAAACGAUCGCUGCGACGUUUGUGACUCUUGAGCCCAAAGGACUUCGUGAGCUGCAUUGGCACCCUACGGCUGAAGAAUGGUUGUAUUUCCACGAGGGGGAGGGCCGCGCCACCGUGUUCAUCGGCGCAAGCAAUUCUCGCACCUUCGACUUCUCUGCCGGAGACACUGCUGUGUUCCCUGACAACAGCGGUCACUACAUUGAGAAUACCUCAGCAACGAAGAAUCUAACUUGGAUCGAGCUCUACAAGAGUGAUCGCGUGGCGGAUAUCUCUCUCGCACAGUGGCUGGCUCUCACACCCGCUGAUGUUGUCGCUUCGGUUCUUAAGAUACCGAUCGACGUGGUAGACGACCUGAAGAAGGAAAAGCAGGUACUAAUCAAAGGGAGCUGAAUCGGUUAGGGUAAGGCAUUCUCGACAGUAGUGUACGGUAAUGGUAGUACCUUUUCUUGUAGUGAUUUGUAAC